CCACACUCAUCCUGCCCUCUUCUCACAAGAGAGGCCUCUGUCUUCUGGACUCAGUCAGACGCCCUCAACCACACAUCCUCCUUAGAGUUGGCAAAGUGCCGCGUGAAGCUCGAGGCUGGAGCAGGGAGGACAGCCUGUCGUCAGGGAACUGAUGGGACACACAGAGGCAAACUCAACACAGUGCAGGUCCAUGAAGUGAAUAAGAGCAAAGAACAGGUGGAGGGAGGAACAAAGACAAAAAAGAGGGUAGCAGAGGUCGUACCAACCCUCCAAGUAGUGCAAAGCCCUGGCCACUGGAGAUGCAGCUGUUCCCUGGACCCAACUACUGGCAGGUUGCAACGACCUUCUGGCAAACAGAGCAGUCCACAAGCCCUGGGAUACAUGCUUCUGAACUUACCCACUGGGAUGUUUCACAAGUGGCCAGCUGGGAAGUUGUCGGGAGCCAAGAGGAAGGAAUGCGGGAACCAAAGAUCCAAACUUUUGUUCAGUCCUUUAUGCCUUGAAAGUCUCCAACAAAAUAACAAGAAGAGGAGACACUAUUCACUUCAACUCUCUGGUCAGAGCUCUCUAUCUGGACCAGUGGCACUCAUCCAGGGACCGUCAGCCAGCGUGGACCCAGAAUGGAGUGGCCAGUCCUGGGUCAGUACUGAUCUUUACCUCAGCAGAAGAAGCAGUGACGGGGGUUCGAGCCAGGAGGAAAUUAGCCAGUCUAUUGAUGAACAGGCUCAGGACAGACAGUACGUGGUAAAUCUGACUGUGGAAAACACGGGAACAGAACCUGUGUAUUUCACCUACUACACCCCACUGCACUGGCUCAAAUACUUCACUCUAAACGAUGAGCGCAAAGUGACCAAGACAAACCCUCUCACUCUAAACCCAGGUGAUGGCUAUGAAAUCCAGGUCCGAUUCCACUGCAGUUUGGUUGGUUUCUAUCCAGCCACACUGGCCUUUGAGUUUCAACCAGACCUGCACUCCACUCCAUUCCACAUCGUGCGCUUUAUUGAGGCUCAAUGUAUGACCUCCUUAGGACUGGAGCUGGCACCUGUAGCCCCUUACAAACCCCGCUCCCUUCCUGUCUUUAUCCCUGAAACUUGUUGCACGAUUGUGGACGGGCAGCCACCUGAAGGGCUCUCUGUGAUGCACCUAAAAAAUGAAGUUAUGCUAAGAGCGUACAAAAUACCACCAUAUAUGUACGAGCUCAUCCAGUCACUGAAGAAGUGUACUCCUUACUCUGAUAGAAGAAUCGCCUUGCUGGAAAGUCCCUUAAGCUGGGAGAACUACUCAGAGAAGUUCCAGCUGCUGCUGUAUCUGGAGGAGCUUCAGAUGGAGGUGGACAUCAGGAGAUACAACAUCCCCAACAAUGACAGAGAACACGCCUGCAUGGUCAGAGAUCGGAUCAACAAGAAACUUCUCAUUCUGGAGGUACCUGGUGUGUCUGAGAACCGUCCGUCUGUGCUGCGAGGCGAUCAGCUGCUUGUGUAUCCCGCAGGAGAGACAGGGGUGAAGUACCGCGGCUACGUCCACAGUGUGCAGCUGGACAGCAUCAAACUGGGCUUCGGCGCAGAAUUGCUGGAUCGCUUUGUAGAUGGGAUGAAGUUCAAUGUUGAGUUCACUGUCAGCCGCCUGACUCUGCGUCUUCAGCACAGAGCAGCAGAGCUGGCAGCUACAUACAGACUGGGAGAGGUGUUGUUCCCUGCUGCACCCACAUCCUCCUCUCAGCCAUCUGAACUUCCCAAACUGAGGCUGUUUGACUCUCAGCUGAAGAAAAACCCGGAGCAGUUUCAAGCUGUGCAACACAUUGUAGCUGGCUCAUCCAAACCUGCUCCUUAUCUGGUGUUUGGCCCUCCUGGCACAGGAAAAACGGCCACUUUGGUGGAGGCCAUCAAGCAGAUAGAGAAGACUCAGACCUCCUGCCACAUCCUGGCCUGCGCUCCCUCCAACAGCGCUGCUGAUCUGCUCUGCGAGAAGAUUCUAGACCACGUGGACAAGCACAAAGUGUACCGCAUGUACGCCAGCAGCCGGGACCCAAAAUGUGUCCCUGAACGAUUAAAAGCAUGCUCUAACCUGGUAGGGGAGUGUUACGUUUAUCCUGCUAAAGAGGAGCUGAUGGAGUACGAGAUCCUGGUUAUGACCCAGUUUACUGCUGGAAGGCUGGUCACAGGAAACAUUCCCACAGGACAUUUCACUCACGUGUUUGUGGAUGAGGCAGGACACGCUGUGGAGCCUGAAUGUUUAAUCCCGCUGGCAGGGCUGCUUCAUGCAGAGUCUGGUCAGGUUGUUCUAGCUGGGGACCCCAAGCAGCUCGGACCUAUUCUCAGAUCACCUUUUGCGCUGAAAUACGGCAUGGGAGUGUCCCUCUUGGAGCGGAUGAUGAAUGACUUCACUCUGUACCAGAAGGAAGAGGGUGUGUUCAACAAGCGCUUUGUCACCAAACUGCUGCGCAACUACAGGUCCCAUCCUGCCAUUCUGAAGAUUCCCAACGAGCUCUUCUAUGACGGAGAGCUCCAGGUCUGUGCAAAUGAAUUACGCAACUCCUACUGCAGAUGGGAAUACCUCCCGAAGAAGGACUUCCCAGUGAUUUUCCAUGGGGUGACAGGCAUCGAUGAGCGUGAGGCCAGCAGCCCUUCAUUCUUCAACAGAGCAGAGGUGGAGGUGCUGAUGGAUUAUGUGAAGAAACUGUUGGAGACACAAGCAAAGAAGGGCCUGGCUACCAUCAAUCCCGGAGACAUAGGCAUCAUCGCCCCCUACCGGAAACAGGUGCAGAAAAUCCGUAAGGCCCUGGAAAAAGUUGGGAAAGACCUCAAACGUACGGACAUGGACAAAUUGAAGGUUGGUUCGGUGGAGGAGUUCCAAGGUCAGGAGAGGAGAGUGAUAUUGGUGUCUACAGUUCGGAGCAGCCGUGACUACACAGAGAUAGACAAACAGUUCAACCUCGGCUUUGUCAAGAAUGAGAAGAGGUUCAAUGUGGCUGUGACUCGAGCUAAAGCCCUUCUGAUUGUGGUGGGAAACCCCAGAGUGCUGAACACAGAUCCUAUCUGGGCCCGGUUCAUCCAGUACUGUAGAGAUGAGGGAGGCUACACUGGAUUUAUACAUGCAGAGGAAGAAGAAGACAUGGUGGCGAGACUUGCUGCCCUCUGCAUCCAGAUUGUGCCUGAAGUGGAGACUGCCGAGAGUGUUGUCCAGCAGCACCUGGACCCCGAGUGGAGGAAUGACCUGUGAGGAAAAGGAGAACUCCUGUCCUGAACACUUGAAGGAACUGAUUAUGCUCUACAUUUGGUUUAUGUCACCACUCGAUACUUGAAGCAGAGGUUCAUGAAAUGGUUUCAUUCACAUUUGUACUCAAAUUCUCCUAAAAGGGCUCAACGGCACCUUUCCAUCUGGAACACAGCCUUUAUUCAGAAAAUAACAAUAACCAAUUACACAUAAUAUCUUGUUAAUGUCAGUUUAUCUUUUUAAAACUUAACCAAAGACCAUGAAGGACAGGGAGUUGAUUCAUGUUCAGACAGUUUGUCUUGGGCUACCUCAGCAAGCUGCACUUUUCAAACUGUUUUACUUGACAUAGCUGCAAAUGCUACUGUUGUUCAGCUCAGAUCACUCAUUGAAUCAUGUAGUUUUAUGAUAAUGUAUUGAUCCAGCUACACAGCAGGUUCCAUCUAUGUUUAGUGUACACUCUAUUUUUGAAUCACCCUUUUUAAUCAUAUUUACCAAAUUAAAAAUAUAAGUGUUUGGUAUUUUCUGAAUGAAAAAUAAAAGCUCUUUUAAAAACAAGAAAUUGAAAAGUUUCUUCUAUCAGAUCAUCAAAGCCAAAGCUGGAAAUAGUCUGGAUCAUUUAGCACUUGUUGGUUUUAGUCUUCAGUGGGCUCUGGGCUUUGGUUUUCUGUUAAAUGGCAAAAAUACAAUUUUAUUUUAAUAUCGAAGGGAAAUAUAUGUGAACUAAUUCUUGCCUGGAAAAACACAAAUGUUAGACAUAGUGAUAUACUUUGGAAGUGUCAGUAAUUUCAAGUAAACACUUAUAUUAUUUACAAUAAAUGAAGCAUCACUUAUAUGUUCCUUCAUCCCUGUUUGCUAAUGGAGAAGUUAGAUUAUUAUGUCAGAUUAUGAAUUUAAAUGCAUCAAACGCAUUUGCAAGACUAACAAUAUUGCAAAAACAAAAAGCUACCAUGUGUUUGUAGGGAAAAAUGUAGAAUCUAAGCAAAACGUAAAGAUUACUUAGUAUUUCAAAAAUACUUUAUUAACACAUUUGUCUCAAGUCUUCAACACGUCCCACUCCUGCUACUACCGUAGCAACAUCCACCUGGCCAUUCUUGUUCUAUUUAUUUUUUUUAUAUCUAUCUAUCUAUCCAUCCCUCCAUCCAUCGCUACAUAAUAUAAAAUCAUGUGCUUUGACCCUCCGGUACAGUGGGUGGCGGUAAUGCGUCUUCAAGAUGGCUGCCACCCGCCAAUAAACAGGAGGGAGGAAAAAAAGCGAAGAAGAAGUUCGGAAGUGCUGAGUGUUUGUUUAUGUUCUGACCACCCGGCGGUUUGGGACACCCAGUAUUUAAUAUCGCACUUAUUGAUUUAGGUGUAAGGUACUGGUCAUGUCUGCAAGCCACUGCUUUAAGUGCUCUAGCUUUGUCUGAGAAUGUGCUUAAGCUUUGAUUGUCCCAAAGAAGACAUUUUAGUCUCAGUCCCAAACACAAAACAAGCAAUGGAUCCCGUUCACCCUCUAGAACAACUGCGUGGUAAUAGUGAUCAUGACGGCAUUGAUGUCACCUCCUGGGUGUCAGUGUGUCCCAG